AUGAUGACCCAAGCCUCGGUUCGUUUUUUGUUCAACUCCAGUCCUUUGUUCAACUUCAGUUCUUUGUGGGCGGCUGCUCUCGGCGUCGCGUUGUUUCUUCUUUUUGCCAACACACCGUUCCAUUCCCUGCCUCCAGACAUAUUUGGGAAGCUGAUGAUGAACGCUCGGUCGCGUUCUAAACCCGCCGACGGUGUCUUGGAGGGAGCGGAGGAACACAACCCAUCGUCCACCACAAACCCCGUUCCCGUCAGGUUUCUCAUCGUCGGGCUCGGCCCCUUUGCAAAGAGAAGCUAUGUCCCGCGUCUGCUGAGCCUCACGGCUGCCAGGCGAGCGGCCCUGGUCGCGGCGGUCGACGUGGAAGAUAACCGCCGUGAUCUCGAACAGUACCGAAGAGCGACUUGUCCCGACGCCGAGCUUGUGUUCGUUCCGCACUUCACAAACGAGAUGCCGGGGGAUGUCAGUUCGAUGCUGACCCGGCUCGUCGAGCGGCUGCAGGUGUCGUGUGUCAUCAUCAGCACCGAACCGCUGGCCCACUGCGCCUAUGGGCUCUGGGCGCUGGGGUUGGGGCUGAACAUCGUCAUGGACAAGCCGGUUUCCACCCGUCACUCGGCGGUAUCGAGCCUCGACCAGGCAACCGGGAUCGCUCAGGACUUUGACAAGCUUGUGCAGUCGUACCACAGCCUCCAGCUUCGGAAGAGCACGUGCUUCUUGAUCAACAGCCAUCGCCGAUACCACGCCGGGUUCCAAAGGGCGACCCAACUAGUGCGACGCGUAUCCGAGGACACCGGAUGCCCCGUCACGAGUAUUUACACUCUCCACUGCGACGGGCAGUGGCGAUUCCCCUCGGAGAUCGUCCAGCAAGACUACCACACCUACAACAGGGGCUAUGGCAAGGUGUCCCACAGCGGCUACCAUUCCAUCGACUGCGUCUAUCUCUUCAUGAGGGCGGGCAUGGGCGACAAGAAACGCCCCGACAGGGUCGAGGUCGUCAGCAGCUUCGUACAGCCCGCCGGGUUCUUCUUCCAGUUGAACGAAGACGACUACAAGAACCUGUUCGGGGAGCAGGCAUACGACGCGGCGUCGGCAUUCACGACCAAGGAGCUCCUCUGCAGGACCAAGGACUUUGGCGAGAUUGACGCCUCGAUCCAGCUGACCUUCUACAACGACAACGAGCCGGUUUCGCUCGUCCACCUCGACCUGCAGCACACCGGGUUCGGUCGCAGGACCUGGCUGGAGCCGGGGAAGGACCUGUACAAGGGAAACGGGAGGGUCCGGCACGAGAUGCACGAGAUCAAGUCGGGUCCCUUCCAGUCCGUCGUCAUCGAGUCCCGCCAGUCCAGCGACAGGCACGACGUCGUCCGCCAGAACCACGCGGAGCUCGGCGGCAACGGGCACUUUGACCUCAAGCUCUUCCAGAACUCGGGCAUGCUUGGCCACCGGGACCCCUUGCGCGUGUCGAGGCUGGACGAGCUCGUCAGGGACAAGACGGGCGACUCUGUCCACGGCAACGACUACUCACGCUCUGUGAAAUACGCAGCCCUCGACGAAGCCUUGGAGUUCAUGGAGGGAAAGAAGUCGGUCCGGGAUCUGAUAUCGAACCUGCCGGAUCAUCACGUCCCCGCCUACCUCAUGAGUGCAAUGUACGCAUCCCACAUUCGGCGAAAACACGGCCUCAACCCCGUUGUCUCAUUAGACCUGAGUUUUGACAAAGGCAAGUAG